ACAUUUCGGCCCGGGCGGGAGGCAGCAGCGACUUCCCGGCGGGUGCGAGAUGCGCUCAGAGAAGGAGGGAGUGGGAGGCUCCGGGGUGGCCGUUGCUGCGCGGGGCCCAAGCGGGAGAGAAAAGCUGUCGGCUGUGGAAGUCCAGUUCCGCCGGGAGUCGCCGCGGCGAGAACCAGAGGGGCCAGCAGCCUCGUCCUUCGACUGUGGGGGCGGUGCCGGCAAACCUCGCGAGGAGAAGAAGACGGUUCUGAGCAAGGUGGUGAUCCGGCGGCUACCUCCCAGCCUCACCAAGGAGCAGCUGGAGGAGCAGCUGCACCCGCUGCCCGCGCACGACUACUUCGAGUUCUUCGCCGCCGACCUCAGUCUUUACCCUCAUCUUUACUCAAGAGCAUACAUUAAUUUUAGAAAUCCUGAUGACAUCCUUCUCUUUAGAGAUCGUUUUGAUGGCUAUAUCUUCAUUGACAGUAAAGGCCUAGAAUAUCCUGCAGUGGUAGAGUUUGCCCCAUUCCAGAAGAUAGCCAAAAAGAAACUAAAGAAAAAAGAUGCCAAAACUGGAAGCAUUGAAGAUGAUCCAGAAUAUAAGAAGUUUUUGGAAACUUACUGUGUGGAGGAAGAGAAACCUAAUGCCAAUCCCGAAACUCUUCUGGGAGACAUAGAGGCAAAGACAAGAGAACUUAUUGGUGGUUGUGACAGUGUCCAGGAUGCAGCAGCUGUCUCUAGAAGAACCACACCUCUUUUGGAAUAUAUUAGAAAUAGAAAAUUAGAGAAGCAGAGAAUUCGAGAGGAGAAGCGAGAAGAGCGAAGGAGGAGGGAGCUGGAGAAGAGGCGUUUACGGGAAGAAGAAAAGAGAAAGAAGAGAGAAGAGGAGAGGUGUAAAAGGAAAGAGGCAGACAGACAGAAGAGAGCUGCUGAGAGAGAAGUAAGGAUUAAGCUUCUUAAGAAACCAGAAAAGGGGGAGGAACCAACUGAGAACCCAAAAGAAAGAGGAGAGGAAGUGGAUAUUGGAGAUGGAAAACGGGAGCCCUAUGCUGUCCUGAAGUCCACGCCCUUGGGGGGCUUGCUGGAGGAGCCCAGGGAAAAGUUGCAGAAUGACAGUGAUAAAGAGCAAAGGGAGAUGGAGAGAAGAUUUCGAGAAAAAGAGCCUGAAACACAAAGAUGCCACAUGGAUGACAGCAGAAAGCACAGAGCUCACUGUGAGUUUGACAAGUUUUCAAGGAGAAAUGAAGAAGAGCUGAAAUGGGGGAAAAGAGUCCCCUCAGACAGAGGGAAGAAGGGGAGCCAGGACAGUGGCAUCCCUGUGGAGGCAGCAGAGUGGCCUGGGAGAGAGCACAGGAGUGAAGGCAGCCCAGCACCCAAAGCGGAGCGCCCAGGAAACAAGGAUCGGCCGGCCUUGCAGCUGUACCAGCCAGGAGCUCGCAUCCGAGCACAAGAAAGUGCCGGGGGGAUCUCUAUGGAGGGCCGUGAUGGAAGCAGGGGUGAGGCUGAAGAUUCAGGACGGUCCAGUUCCCAGCAGAGUGAAGAGGCAGGGGAAAUCCACAUAAGUGGACGAAGAGACAAUUAUAAUAGUUCCUGGCCUAAGGACCAAAAUAAGGUGUGGACAGGAAAUAUGGAUUGUUGUUUUUUUUUAAUCAUCUUCUCCACAAGUACACUGAUCUAUUUGGAAGGAAUAAAUUUUGGGAUCCCUUGCCCCUGGCAACAGGAAGUCAGAGCUCAACCCCAUGACCCUGGUUCAGGAAUGAUGCAGAGCUAGGAUUGAUUUCUGUUGCUUAAAACCAAGAACUCCAAGGGAAAAUGGAUAAACGGAGGAAGUUACAGGUGACACUAACACAAGGAAAUCUGGGGAAAGAAGUUACACUGGCGUGAGGAGAAAUACCGUUAAUAUCCAGGAAUAAGAAUCUGGCAGCACAGCCCUGUGGUGGAAAAUGGCUAAUCACCUGUGGUCACCUGGAAUCAACUAUCCAUUGUGGGGCAGGUUUGCGGAAAUCAUAUUGCCACCACCAUGGAACAGUGUAAAAGGCAAAAAGAGUGCAAGAUAGUGGGUAUAGGAUGGCGAUUUCUAACAGCACUGAAUUGGACUGUAAACAGCAAACAAGACAUCUAAAUGCUUAAAACAUAAGACCUGGGAGUUGCUAUGCAAGUGGUAAAAUAAACUGUCAUAUAGUCACAGGGUUGAAAUAGCCACAAAAUGUGAAAGUUGGUUCAAUAAUGUGGAAAGAAUGGCCUCUAUACCAGAAUGGAGGUAUUUAGGAGCUUUUGAAAGACUCGGAGCACACUGGGCUCACCAACACUCACACCCCACCGAUGCUCCCAUGCCCUUCUUUCCUUCCUUCCUUCCUUCCCCAAGGAAGCAGAUUUUCUUAUGCUCCCCCCACCCCACCACUGCUUUCAGACGUGAAUUAGCCAAUAACAAAGUCGAUGUAGGAAAGACAGCUUACACACGAAAAGAACCCAGUCCUUUACUAAUUCGUGUCGGCAAAAAUGAGGGGAACAAAUGGAGGAAUGGAUUCUGAGUGUAGGAGUCUACAGAAUAAAAUAAUACUGAGUUGGGCUGAAUUUAUGGAUACUGUGUUGGUUUAAACAAAGGACAGAUUCCACUUGGUGCAACUGGUUACUAGGAGCCUAAACUCAGUGGCCAAAUGAGGUUGAGAUGCCAAAAAUUCCUAUCGCGAAGUGGGCUCUGGAGUCGGCUGGAAAAUGGCCCCAAGAGGUGGCCACAUCCUAGUCUCUGGAACCUGUGAAGGUUACCCUAUAUGGGGAGGAAAAUGGUUUUUGUAGACAUGAUUAAAUUCAGGAUCUGAGAUGGGGAGACUCUCCUGGGCUGUGUAGGUGAGGGAGGCAGGGAAGGGUUUUACACCUAGGUAGUCAGAAGAGCAGGUGAGGUGCAGAUACUGUGACAAGCCAAGGAAACCUGCAGCCCCCACAAGCUGGAGGAGGCCAGGAACAGAUUGUCCCUUGGAGUCUCCAGCAGGAGCAAGCCCUGCAGACACUGACUGUGGGCUCCGACCUCCAGAACUGUAACAAUAGAUUUCUGUGUUUUUAAGCCACUAAGCUUGUGGUCACUUGUCACAGCAGCCAUAGGAACCUAGUACAGGCACCCUGGCUUAAAUGGGAAAGGAAGAGCCAGUUUAGUGGCAAAGCCGGGAAGCUGACCAGAGCAGGCAGAAGGGCCAGUGAGGCAAUCAGAAUGGCCCUCCCCCAGAUAACUCGGGGGGUGACUGAUCACCAAGUGCCUGGGGCUGAAAAGGAUAAACUGCCCACUAGAUCUUUGCUUGGUUUGCAUAGUUAAACCCUAUGUCAGAUCUAGUGAAUACAGGCCCGACUUGAGCAACCCUCAACCCUCAGAGAGACAUGGCCCUUCAACCAAUUUCUAGACUAGAAGUUUCACAGACCAGAGAUCCUCCGCUAUCCAGAAGGGUAGCUACACUCGAAGAACCUUGUGAGAACUUAACGAGUUUGUUCUGUGACUUUACUAUAGGCAUUUACGGCAGAUUGGCAAAGACCUACCAGCUUGACACUAUUGGCAAGGCUGUGCCUUUGUUGGGGUACAGGACCCGCAGAACCCCAGCUCCCUGAUGCCUUGUGAGCAACUAUGGCAUGAGGGACCAGCAUGGGUGUCACCAGUGGGGGUUGUUUAGGGAUGGCACUGCUGUGGACCUGAGUCAUCCAAGAGGACCUGUGCUUUGGGACCCAUCCAAUCUUUCCUUGGUGCUCCUUUCUGUGUCCAACACACACAUGCUGCCUCCACCACCACCUCUGUGCCCUUGUUUCCUACCGACGUGGCUGUCCCCUUAGCUAUCAAGACACCCCUUCCUUGCAUCCUCACUUGUUGGAGAGUAUAGCAUCUCAAGCCCCAGGCAGACUUUCUGACCCCACAAGGCUCCCAGGCUCCACCUGCACCUGAGGGUGUGAGCCAGCUGCUGCGGACCAGUCUUCCGUGUGCCCUGAGUGCCGGGCCUCCCUGAGAAACUCACUCUUCAUUUUAGAAUCCACUCCCAUCUGCCUUUGAACACCGCAGAAGCUGGCUGCUUUAUUCAUUUCCUAUUCCAGAGCCUAAAGCUGUUUCUGACACAUAGCAGACACGUUUAAAUGAGUGAACAAAUUAAUGCACCCUUCAUGGGUUCCACUCUGGGACAUUCCCCAGAUAGAAUAAGAAGAGUGUCUGACCACGUGGCCCCCAGACAGGAGGCCCCAUGGCUGCACCACAGCUCUGCGGGGGCUGCUGCAAACCCCUGGGCUCCCUCACAUGCACCAGCCGGGCCUCUAGUGCCAAGAGGGAGGAAGGAGCAGCUGCGGUUGCCUGAGACAACUUGACACUGCCGCAUGCACCCCCUUGAGUGUCGUCCCCCCCACUCCCCUGCCCACUGCUGCUUGUUCAGCAGGGAAUCUGUGUGC